AUGGCCUCCCUGUGUAAACAGAGUCACAGGUAUACAAAUUCACAGGGGGUGUGACGAAUGAACGUAAGAGCAAAGGACGAUCGCCUACUGGGCGAUUAUAACGGUAUAUACCAGGAUAUACCAGAGCUUUUUCUGUAGUGGACGUGGAAUCCGAGAACGGGUGUCUUUGAAAGCGGGAGGCUUGAUAACAGUAUCUCGUUAUCGGCGCACGGUGACGGGGAGUCAUUAAUACAGACACGACAUGAGAGUCCUGAGAUCCUAGGGAGCCAACAUGGACAGUGAGACUCUCUUGACCAUCCUCAUCCUCCUGCCCCUACACACAGUGGUCAGUCAGACCUGGUAUGGGCACGACUACUGGAACGACAGGCACAGCGACGAGGGCAUCAACUACGCCGCCGAAAGGUUCUACCUGUGGUCCGACAUGCCCAAUGUUCAGGAUAAUUACUUCCAAGACACCAAUGUCUACACGGAGAAGAAGUGUGCUGGCGGAUGUUCCUGUGGGAAGGAACUGAUUGGCUGCAGCGGCAGUGUCGUCGAGGUGAAGGGUCAAAACGUAGAAAGACUGACGGAGAAAUCCUUCACGUCUGGGGUACAGGAAGUACAUCUCAUCGACAUGCCAAAUCUGGUGGAAGUGGAAAACAUAACAUUCUACAAGGCAACAAACCUGAGGCUAUUACAGAUAUAUGGUACCGGCAUCAGAUUAGUUCCUGAUAUCAGCAAGACAUCCAUGGAGGAGCUAUAUUUGGUCAACAACAAGAUCAGAUUCUUUCCUCACAACUACACAAAACAAACAUUGCCACCUCAGCUGCGGAAAGUGUCACUUAUAGGUAACGAGAUCGAAUGGUUCCCGGACGAGUUUGUGAAAAACACCAAUAUCGAGGUAUUAGCCCUCAGUAGAAACAAGAUUCGUCAGUUCCCUGGAAGUGGAUUGGCACAAAUGCCAAACUUAUGGUUUUUAUCUAUGAAUGAAAAUGAGCUUGAAGUUGUCUCCAGAGAACAUCUCACGAAUCUGAAGAAUUCGCCGUUGAGACAUUUGAACCUGAGCAAUAACGCCAUAUGGUAUAUAGAACCAGGAGCCUUGUCACUCCUCACCAAGCUGCAGAUUCUAGAAUUACAUGCAAAUUCUUUUUCUGAGAUUCAUGAGGGAACGUUCAACAAUUUACCGGAAUUGGUGCAUCUUGACCUCGUAAAGAACAAGAUCGAGGUGUUGACAGCCCGUAGCAUCACAAAUCUCCCAAAGAUCGUCACAAUCCGUGUCCACAGUCAGGAGCCGCCCUUGAACAACAUACAGUUCAACGCCUUCAGCAACAUCCACGACACUCUGGAAAAUCUUUGGAUCAGUGAUAACGCGUUGCCAACCUUUCCUCACCCGGCGUUAUCGGCAGAUACGUAUGUAUCGAUUGAAGAAAUUUAUGCUGACAACAACUUAAUAAAAAGCCCCACAGAGUACAGCCCUGAUGACUUUCCCAAGAGCAUGCUCAACACAGCACUGCAACGGGCGGCAGCAUAUGUACCCUUCAACACUCUCUCCAACUUGCAGAAGCUGCAUCUUGGAACCAACGCCAUCGACUUCAUCCAAGCUGGCUACUUCUGCAACGCCAACAACCUGGUAUUUCUCUACAUGAACAACAACGGCCUUAAAGACAGCAGCAUCCCCGACGACGCCUUCUCCUGCAUGGGGCAGCUGGUUGAGCUAUACCUUCAUUACAACUGGUUGACCUACGUCCCUAAAGCAGUGACCAGUGAUAUAUUGACCAGUCUCACGAUUCUCAGACUGUCUAACAACAACAUCACCCACGUUGAAGCAGGGACGUUCACGGAGCUGACGGCGUUACAGUUGCUAUAUCUUGAAAACAACAACAUAGUUGUUAUAGAAAACAACUCAUUUCCAAACAGCAUACGGUCACUCGUUCUGCAGUCUAACUACUUCCGGUUCACCAACGAGAACCCUUUCUCCUAUCUGACCAACAUGGAGCAGUUACUGCUGGGCUACAACAGCAUCGUGGACAUCCCCGACACCGCCUUCAGAGGCUGCACCGCCCUCACCACGCUAGACCUGCACUAUAACAAGCUGGAGAGGAUUCAGAAAGGACUACUGUCCGAUUGUCCACUGACUGUCCGUCUCUUGCUCCAUAACAACAACAUCAGAUACGUGGAGGAGGGUGCCUUGAGCCACAUCACGAGCAGUGUACUUCUACAUCUCCAUUAUAACCGACUGACGGAGCUACCCAAUGGCGGAGACUUCAACAACCUGGAGGUGAACGAGCUCCUCCUUCAUCACAAUCGCAUCACCGAGGUCCGACCUGGGACCUUCACAAAUCUGACUUGCAAUGUCAAACUAGACUUGUCCGAUAACCAGAUUGCGCUGCUUGGACCCAACGCCUUCGUGAACAUCAAGGGGACUCCAGACAUGACCCUAAACAACAAUCCUCUCUGGGUCAUCGAGCCCUACGCCUUCAGAGAUCUGCAGCUGCAGGACUUGUUUCUUCAGUUUAUCAACAUCAACCAUCUGAAGACUGCCACGUUCGAGAACAUUGAAACCCGGUAUUUGUAUCUGACUGAAAAUACAAUCGACUACGUGGAGGAAGGAAUAUUCGCCGGACAGAACGUACUUGAGUAUUUCGUCAUGUUCAGCGUACAACUGAAAGCAAUCUACGGAAAGAUGUUUUCAGACACGUCACAGGUGAAGAGCGCCUUCGACCUUCGUAACAACAACCUCCAAAUGUUACCUCCGGAUCUUGUAGAAAACGUCCAGUGGCUUUGGUGUACGUACCCAUUGAGACGGAGCCUUGCUUACAACAAACUCACAAAUUUCCCUCGGGACAUUUUCUUGGAGAAUAAAAUGACAUACAUGGACAUUUCCUAUAACCUGAUAUCAGCUCUUCCCGACGACGCCUUCGACGGCCUGACCAACAUGUACGACAUCAACCUGAAAGGCAAUCAGCUGACGGAAAUCAAGAACGGGUCCUUUGAUUCUCUCAUCAAUACGAAUAAACUAGAUCUCAGUGAAAAUGACAUCGUUACAUGGCCAAAAGGGCUGAUGGAUCCAAUGUUGAACCUCAAGACGCUGGAUCUCUCCAAGAACCUGCUGUACCACUUCCCCGGUGCCAAGAAUGGUUCCGUUCUUUCGUCAAUAGUCUUGUCGGAUAACCUCCUCACAUCCAUCGAGGUCGGCGCCUUUGAUUACCUGAACGCAACGCUGACUAACAUAGACUUGACCAACAACGCCUUUGUGUGUACCUGCGAUUUGUAUCGAACCCUUGCCGAGGUCUACACUGUGGUAAAGGGAGGUAACUGUUCACAGCCAAAUGUGACGGCAGGAGUUCUACUUGGCAUAGCGUUUGAAAAAGACUCAAAGUUUUUCAUGAAAGGGGACAAAGAAAGGUAUAUAUGUGCGGCGACCAACGUCCGUGGCGCUGUGGACGGCAACAGCGUUAACGUCACGUGGACGAGGCCACUAUACCAGAACUCCGAGCUGGAGAAGGAUAAGAAGCUCCUCAGCAACGACACUAUCGUCUCCUACACUGCAACCUGCACUGGUUCAAAAGGAGACAUACUGACGACGGAUAUUAACGCAACAAGUGUGAUCAUGACCGUGAAGCCGGACUCGGAGUACGUGUGUGCCGUCACGGCUGCCGUCGACGGCAUCGUCAGCGGCUACAGCGAGCCGGCUCUCUUCCACACUGCAUCCACUCCAGCUACGCCCGAAAAUAACACCGUCGUCGAUGUUGGCCUAGGACUGCCGAUAUUCUACUAUGACUUCAGUGCAAUACACCCCGAUUUUGCGGGGUUGUCGGAAGGGAUCAUCGCUGAACCCAGAUACAUCUCGAGUCCCUACGGAGGCUGGCUGGCCCAGUCUAACAACCCUGCCGCAGAUUCCUUCUCGGACUGGUUCUUAAGAAAAGACGGAGUCAAUAGAGAACUGAACGGAACCAUUACCUUAGAGAACCUGUCCAAUGCGCCACCGCUCUACAGGUACAGUGCCGGAUCCUUCUUCCCUGUCGAUGACUUCGGCAAUGGGAACGAGCAAAAGGACUGUGGAGGAACAACGCACAACUUUGGGUUCAUCUCAGUCAUCCGAAUGGGGAUUGUGUACCAAGGCACCGAGACCAUCACCAUUGGUGGCGGUGAUGACAUGUGGCUCUACGUGAACGGCAAGAUGGUCCUCUACGUCCCCACUCGUGGCACCACCUCCAUCAUCUGUAAGAAGAUCGACCUGUCCACCGCUGCCCAGACAGGUGGCGCCACCAUCACGCCCACACAGGGGACGGUGUCAGGAGGUGUUUGUGGUUCCAGCACCGCCGUCACAACCGAAGCAGUACAUUUAGAUUUGGAGGUUGGGGAACGGUACCACUUUGCAGUGUUCCACGCCGAGAGACUGUUGUGUAAUUCUGGCUACUUCUUGGAACUGUCCGGCGUUCAGUUCAUCACCGCCGCCGGGGAAGACCCGCCUCUAGACUACACCGUCACCAUCGACGAAGACUUCCACAACGACGGCAUCCUCCAGACCCUCAUCCUCAGCGACUCCUUCUCCGUAGGGCCGCCGUUCAGGGUUUCCAUACUUCAUGGUAACGAGGCACGUCAUUUUUCAAUCAAGUCAGACACAGCGGCCAAUCAGGCUGCUGGUACUCCUCCAGUGGCGGCGACCUUGACCUACACCACGAUUGCUAACAUCUCAUUUGUAGAAUGUGCAACUCCGUCCUCCAUUCCGGCGGACACAAGCGACAACAGCGUGGAGACGUUCGACGUGACGACUGCCACGGGACUGUUCACCUUAGCUAAAUCAGUGGACUUCGAACUGACCGACCUGUACAGUGUAGCGUUGGAAAUUGUAGAUUACAACAAGUCCCCUGGAACAACUGGAACCAUUGGAAUAAAAAUCCAUAUCACAGACGUGAACGACAACUGCCCAGAGCUUGACCAAAGUACGUUUUCCAUCUGGGCCAAUCCUGCUCUCCAAGCAGUCCCCAUUGUGGAUCUAAACGCCGCAGACAUCGACUCCGGGAACAACUCCGUACUCAGAUACUACCGAUCAGAUGUCACGGCAACUCCCCCAGUGUCUUUUAACGAGACGGAAGAUCUUCACAAGUCUGUUUACACGAAGAACACAACCCUCAGUUUUGAGGUGUUCGUCGUUGACGAGGGCGUACCCCGCCGUGGUGCUAAAGGCACCGUCACGAUGGUGUUGGACAAUUCCUGUCUGGUGUCUGUGGAAUAUGAACCAAUCGUCUUUGAUUUUCCACUCGACGAAAUAACAGGGGACAUUACGUUUGUGGUGCCAGGGUACUACCAUUAUGAGUUUGAAUGUCUGCGGGUUGCUGGGAUACAGAAGGCGUUUAUUCGGGAUGAGUUUCUCACUGCUUCAUCAGCUCAGCCAGAGAGUGGACCAGAGAGGGCCCGUCUCAACAUGACGUCACUUUCAGCGGAGCUUGGCGGGUUGACUGGCGGAUGGGUGGCUGCCGUUGAUGACUCAAACCAGUGGAUACAGACGCAGUUAGAGGAACUCUAUGUGAUCCGCGUCAUACAGAUUCAGGGCAGGGAAGACGAUGUCAACUACGUCCCAACCUUCUCCGUGUACGUCAGCGAUGACGGCAUCACCUUCAGUAAAUAUACCGACGGGUCCGGCCUUGAUGUGUUCAAUGGGGCAGUUGACCAGACCACUGUUGUGGAUGUGAGCCUGGAGCCCCCAGCCCGUGGGAAGUAUAUCCGUAUUAACCCCCAGACGUGGGUGGGGCACGUCAGUCUCAGGUUCGAGCUGAUUGGCUGUUCACAGCGGGAGGAACUGCAUUAUCAGACAUCUUGUGAGAGGUGUGAGACCACGUGGUACUGCCCGGGGGACGGACACAUGCUGCCGUGUGGACGUUGUGACCCCCCAAUGUCCAAUUCCACCUGUGGCCGCUCCCCGACAGAGCACAGUUUUGGUUUAGCGUCGGAGUGCACGUCCUGCCCGCUGGGUUGGAUCUGUAAAAAUGGCUACGCAGAACCCUGCGAGGAGUUCCACUACGUGACGUACUGCAAUGACUCCUACUGUCCGGACACAUGCACCCAGUGUGAGUCAGGGUAUGCCUGUCGGGGCGGACAGAGGUACUACUGCGAGGUCGGCACGUGGUCAGAUGGAAACAAAGAAUUCUGCGAGCUGUGCCGACCUGGCACCUACCAGGAUCAGUCAGGACAGACCUCUUGCUUGCCCUGCCCGAAUGGGUUCCGCAGCACUACAAUGAAGGACCGGUGUGAGCCGUGCAACCCCCGGUCCUGGUCCAAGGGGGAUGGGACUGACUGUGAGGCGUGUUCCGACAGCACCCAGUGCCCGUGCAUUAGCAGCACGGGACUUUGUUUCCAUGGAGUCACGUGCAGGAAUGCCCAGAACCCCGACGGGAGUUACGGCCACGUGUGCGAUCCUUGUCCACAUGGCUAUAACGGGGAUGGCGUCACCUGUACUGACAUCGACGAGUGUGUCGAUUACUCUCCAUGCUGGAAUUCGUCGUCGUGUAAGAACACAGAGCCAGGCUACCAGUGCCGAAGAUGUCCUCCAGGCUACACAGGAUCGUUCGAGGACGCCCUGGCCUACAACGUGACCCGCCGGAACUUCAUCGACUGCAACCAAAAGCAUGACCCUUCCCCUAUCCAGCACUGCGAAGACACAGACGAAUGCCUCACCAACAACGGAGGGUGUGACCAAAAUGGCUACUGUCAUAACACCGUGGGCAGUUUCAACUGCGGUCUGUGUAAAGAUGGGUACAUUGGCAGCGCUAAGUACGGGUGUGAGCUAGCGGACUUCUGUCUAUCAGGUAAACAUGAAUGUAACAUCAACGCCACCUGUGUCUACGCCGGCCCGGGGGACUACAGCUGUCUGUGCAACAACGGCCUUGCUGGGAACGGGUUCACCUGUGGACCUGACCCUGACCUUGACGGCUACCCGGCGGAAGGCAUAUCCUGUAACGGGGAGGAGUUUGGAAACUGUAAACAGGACAACUGCCCAGACAUCCCAAACAGCGGGCAGGAGGACAAUGAUGGGGACACGAGGGGGGACUCCUGCGACGAUGAUGACGACAACGACACCGUCUUCGAUCUUGCGGACAACUGCCCGAUGGUGUUCAACAACAAACAAGAGGACGUUGACGGAGACGGCAUCGGUGAUGCAUGUGACAACUGCCCUAACAACAUGAACGCUGACCAGGCCGACGCCGAUGGAGACGGUCAGGGCGACGUCUGUCAAGCGGACUCUGACGGCGAUGGCCUAUCUGACGCCAUUGACAACUGCCCCUAUGUCGCUAACCCAGGUCAGGCCGACCCUGACGGAGACAGCAAGGGGGACGACUGUGACAACUGCCCGACAGUGGCAAACACCGGACAAGAGGAUGUGAACCAGAAUGGGAUCGGUGAUGCAUGUGAAAAUGGAGACAGGGAUGGAGACUCAAUUCAGGACAACGUGGACAACUGCCCUGACAUCGCCAACUCCGAACAGAGGGAUACAGAUGGGGAUGGGACAGGUGACUACUGUGAUGAUGACUCUGACAACGACGGCAUUGCUGACUCUGUAGACAACUGCAUGUACGUUCCCAACACAAAUCAGGACGAUGUGGAUGGUAACCACCGUGGAGAUGAUUGUGAGAACGACAUGGACCAAGACGGGACGAUGGACAGAGUGGACAACUGCGUGGAGAACAAGUUCAUCAACUUCACCUCCUUCAUGGGCUACACGACUGUGGAGUUUUACCCAGGCUGGUCAACUGAAGCCCUCCCUGACUGGAGAGUGUUAGAUCAAGGGAGAGAAGUCAGACAGGAGGCCACAACACGGAGACCUAUUGCUCUGAUAGGCCCCCAAGCACUAGAUCACAUGGACUUUUACGGCACGACGUUUCUGGAGGACGACGUCUGUGAGGGCUUCAUCGGCUUCAUUUUCGGCUUCCAGUCAGCCCGCAAGUUCUACCUCAUCACCUGGAGACAAAACUUUAAGAACUUUGACUAUAACGGCGGUAUGAAGGGACUGCAGAUAAGGUUGGUGGAUGCUGGCUUUGACGUCGGGCUAACAUUGGCUAACGCCCUGUACCACGGCGAUGACGUUAGUGAUGCCACACGCGUCAUCUGGCACGACCCUGCUCUCCGCGGAUGGGACUGCAACAUGGCCUACAGAUGGCACAUAGUACACCGGCCAUCUAUAGGAUUAAUCAGUGUUGAGAUCAAGCAGGAGGACAAUGUCGUGGUCGACUCCGGCCCUGUCUAUGACGCCACCAUCCUCGGCGGCAGACUCGGUGUGUUUGUGUUUGACCAGAAAGCCCCGAUCUGGUCGAAACUGGAAUAUCAGUGUAAGAAUAGAAUGAACUAUGCGUUGUCCCUGGAUGGGGUGGAUGACUACGUCCAAGUGGGUCGUCUCGAGGACCUGGGAAUGGAGAGGAGUUUCACGAUCGAGGCGCUGAUCAAGCUGCCGGCGGGCUACGACGCCACCAAACAUCCGAUCCUGUGUACCAACAACAGCCUGUUGUGCCUGUAUGUGAAGGCCAAUGUCCUGCGGGGUCAAGUGAUGGACACCGUCAUCACUGGCGCCACCACCAUCCCCGCGGACACCUGGACCCAUGUCGCCCUCAAGUACAAUGCUCAGUUGAGGGAGCUGGAUCUGAUCGUGAAUGGACCCAAAACUACCACAGAUGCCCAACUCACAUCAGUGGAACCAGGGCUUGUGUGGGAUGGGAAUACGACCCUGUACAUUGGUUAUGAUGGCUCUACCUAUCUGAAGGGGGAGAUUGAUGAGAUUCGGAUAUACAACCUCCAGAUGGAAGAACUCACUACCAGCACUGAAGCGAGACACAUACACGAGGAGCCGUUCCGCUACCUGCUGGGUGCCCACUAUAACAUGGAGGAAGCUACCAGUUCAUCAACUGUUCUCAAGGACAAGGGCUACCGAGGACUGGAUGCUGUCAUCGUAGGACAACCAGGAAUAGUUCCUAGUACUUCUGACCAGAAAGUGUUUGAUCUGACCUUCAACUGAACAUCGAAGACUGCUUGGCAUCGCUCUCAUCUCAUCCAUGUGAAGCCAGUGCAUGCUCAAUGGGAAAUGUCACAUCUUGUGCCCUGUUCCUGAAAGCGAUCGUAACGCCAAGGUGAUCGUAACUGCCAUACUUUAACAUAGACUUACGACUGUCGUAGCGCUACGAUCGCUUUGAGGAACGGGACCCAGCUUUAUAUUAUA